AUGACUCUUUACCGAUUCGUAAAUCCCGGUAAGUUAAAAGUAUAUAUUUCCAACAAUAAUCCACAAUGUAUCUAUGUUUUAAUGAUUGUAAUUAAAAUAUUGUAAAUCGAGUCCAUUUAAAUUUAAAGGAUCACAUUUUUUUAAGCUGUUACAUAAAAUUGUAUAACUUUUAUGAAAUAAAUAUAUUAGAUCAAUUUAUUUGUUUUGUAUAUUUAAUGUAAUGAUGAAAAUUGUAGAUGAGAAACUGGAAUAUGGAGAGGAGAAAUCAAAAUUUGAAGGUACUAUUUCUUCAUCGUUUGUGUAUAAUCCAUACAUGUUCUUAGACUUACAAACGCAAAGAAAUAAAUUACCUAUUACAAAGUACCGCAAUGAAGUUUUAUAUCUCUGUGAAAAGUUUCAAACUCUAAUAUUGGUCGGAUCGACUGGGAGUGGAAAAAGUACUCAAGUAUCACAAGUAUGUUUUACAUAGUACCUAUACAUUUUAUUUUAUUAUCUAACAAAUUAUACAGUUGUAGUCUAUUAUACAAUGUCCAGUUAAAAUAAUUAUUUUUUAAUGUACCUGCUUUUAUUUCUGAUAGGUUUAUCCUAUUUAAAUCAAUUCUCAUUGUUUUAUCAACUUCAUUACUUUUAUAAAAUUAUUUUACAUUAAUUUUAUAAUAAUUAUGAAAAUUGUUUAAUUAAUAGAAGUAAUUUUAAUAUGUAUAUUAGGUAAUAUAUGUUUACUAUAAAUAUUAACAUUUUUUCAGAUGCUUUUAGAUUGUGGUUUAUGCAAAUUUAAUAAAUCAAUUGUUAUCACUGAACCUAGGAAACUCAGUGCCAUAACAUUAGCUACUCGUGUUGCAGAGGAGCAAAACACAAAUGUCGGUCAUACAGUAGGCUAUUCAGUUAGAUUUGAUAAUUGCUGUCAACCAGAUACAAAGAUUAAAGUUAGUCAUUUUUUUUUUUUUUUUUAUAAACCGCCCGAAAAGCUUUUAUUGUAACGAUCAUAAUAAAUCUUUAACAAUGCAUUAUCACAGGUCUACAUAAAUACUUGUGAUGUAUGUAAUAUAAAUAUAUUAUAUAUAUUAAUUAAUAUAAAAGACUUUAAAUUAAUUUUAGCAGUGUUAAUUAUCUAUACAAUAAUAAAAUAAUGAAGUUAAUGGAAAUUAUUUUCCCAGGCUAUUUAUGAGUUCUCAUUAUUCCUAUCAUUUUUUGCAUGAAUAUCUUUUUAUAUAGUGUGAAAGGUUACAGAUUUUUUUUUUUUAAACCGCCCGAAAGCUUUUAUUGUAAAGAUCAAAAUAAAUCUUUAACAAUAUAUUAUUACAGGUGUACAUAAAUACUUGUGAUUUAUUUAUAUACAAAAAUAAAAAAUGAAAUAAACAUGUGUGGAAUCUCACUCCCAGUGGAGUGGCCCGGUCUUAGUUUAAUAAUCUUUUACUAAGUCAUAUGGUCUUUGAGACGCCUAAUGUCUAGAGAGUUGUCUAGUAGUUGAAUUGCUGCUGAAUUAGUGUGUUGAUCCAAUCUUAUCUCAUGUUUGCGACAAAGGCGAUCAUCAUAUCUCGGUGGAUAAUUUCGUUUCUGUCAUACCGGUUAGCUGGAAAAGAAGAGAAUGUUAGAUAAAUCUGUAUAAUAUUAUAAACAAUAUUAUUAAAGAAAAUAUAUAAUACCUAUUUCAUUAAUUUACCACAAUAUGAAAUAUACAUUGUUGACAGUUUUUUGAUGGGGUAAAGAAAGAUAUGGACAAUGUAUAUUACUAGAUAAUGUCGGUUCUGUAAUACCAGUUAGCUGCGAAAAUGGUACGGAGAGCGAUGUUCUGCCAACAUUGUAUAAUCUCAAUAUUGGACUUGCUGGUACAAUCCCACAGUUGAAUUCCAUAAGUCCAUAUUGGUUUAAUUAUCAUUACAUACAAGAGGCGUUUGCUUGUGAGAUUGCUCUAGUUCAGAAUGUUUUUCAACCAGCCAAUAUAGUUGUCACAUUUUUUUCUGUCUAAAGUGAUGCUUCCAGUUGAGCCGAGAGUCCAGGUGCAUUCCUAGAUAUUUUGCUGAGUCACACUGUGGGAUGCUCUGCUGAUCUAGUAAUAACGGUUUAUAGAGGGUUUUACGCAAGGUGUAAUUUAAGUGCACCGAUUUUUCACUGUUAAUUUAAAUCUUCCAAUUCGUCCAGUUGGAAACAUUGUUGAUGGACCUUUGAAGCCAAUCAGUCGCAAUAUGCUGGUCUUCAUUUGUUGUCAUUAUUGCCGUGUCAUCAGCAAACAUGGCUGUCAUUGAACAGUUAUCGGUUGGAAUGUCCGCUGUGUAGAUUCAGUUCAGGAUUGGUCCAAGGACGCUUUCCUGUGGUACACACACCAGUAUCUUUUUCCAAUCAGUUAAUGCUUCUGCAUGAAUGACCCUGAAUUGAAGGUAGGAUUCGAAAUGUGCACACCUGGUGUGUGACAGCUGUUCACAUAGUUUUAUAAGUAAUCAUUUGUGCCAAACUUGUCAAGGAAUACUCCGCAGCAAUACUUUUUCUCUUCAAGCGCUUUGCUUAUUAUUUUGGUGACAUGAUGGACCUGGUCGAUUGUUGAGUGUUUAUUUCAAAAUCCAAACUGAUGUUCUAGUAUAAGCUGUCUUUCUUCUAUUAAUGGUUUUAAGUGUUUUAGCAGUAGUUUUUCAAAUAAUUUUGAGAUGCUUGGAAGAAGCGAAAUUGGUCUAAAUGAAGUUACUUGUUCUGGUGGUUUUCCUGAUUUAAGUGCCAUGAUCACUUGGGCUCGUUUUCAUUGUUUAGAAAUGUAUUCCAUACAUAGAAUGGCAUUGAAUAUGUGUGUUAGAUGAAUUAUAGCUUUUUUAGAUAACUCUUUCAGAAUAUUUGGGUUAAUCUGGUCGUAUCCAAGCGCCUUUUUUGGGUUGAUAUUCAUAUCAAUUUCUUUUGCGAUUUCAUCUGGAAUAAAAUGCUUUUAUCUUAUCGCAUGUUUAAAGUUAGUAAUUAGGUAUAUUUUUAAACUGUAUUUUUUAACAAAAUGUAUAUAUAUAUUGUAAAUAGUACAUUACGGAAGGUAUUCUUUUAAAUGAAAUGAUGUAUAAUCCAUUGCUGGUUAACUAUUCAGUAAUAAUAUUGGAUGAAAUACAUGAAAGAAGUUUGAUGACUGAUAUUUUAAUGGGACUAAUUAAAAAAAUUUUAAAGGUUAGUAUUUUAUAAUUAUUUUAACUUUUAAAUUAUUUUAUUAUAAUUAAGCAAAUUUUUCAGAAACGACCUACUUUACGACUUAUAAUAUUAUCAGCUACUAUGGAUUUCACACAGCUUAAAUCAUAUUUCAAUCUUAACCCUGGGAAUAAUCCAGAUGAUGAUACUGCAGCUGUGUUAGGUGUUGAAGGAAAAUGUUAUCCUGUUUCAAUCUAUUAUUUAAAUGGUAAUAUUUGUUAAGUUUUAUUUUAACAAUUAAAUAAUUAUAAAACUUACAUACUAACAUAAAAAGAAAGAGGUGAGAGAAGAAGGCCGAAAAAGUGGUGAUUGAAUGAAUGUGUUUGAUAAUGAUAUGAAAAAAACCAGUGUAUGGUAGGUGGGAUCUUGGGUCAACUGGAAGUUUACAUUGAGAGUUGCGGACCUCAGAUAAUUGGGAAGAAGGUGAGGAGAAAAUAAAACUAAUAUACAGAGUAACCCAUUGUGUUAGAUAAAUUUUUCUAGAUGUUAAUAUUUAAAUUUUUUUUCAAUUUGUAGAGUUGCUAGUUGGUCACUUUUUCAUCUAAAUGCCACUUUUUAUUUUUAUUUGUCGUACAUUUUUUUCGAACAAUAUAUAAUAAUUAUUUCCAAAUAUUUUGAGAUUUAUUGUUAUACUAAAAGUGAUAUAAUUUUAAAUUUUUCUCUGCAUAAAGACUGAGUUAUAUUAUAUUUUAGUUGUCUAAGUUAAUAAAUAUCUUAAAUCUUAAUUGUAGCAUUGCUAUAAAUGCUGGUUAAUCAACCGAAUGUAAACUAUACUCUUUUUCGUUAUUUAAAUAAUUAACAUAUUAUAUUAAAACAUUAUGUUACCAAGUAUUAAUAAUAGGUUUCUAUAGAAAUUUGUGUUUUAAAUCCAUUUUUUCAAUUUUAUCAAAUGAUAUCCGCUUAAUGGGGACACAUCGGGCGGUAACCUAUUUGUCCCAUUAUCCGACUGUCCCGAUUAGCCGAACUGACGAAAAAAACAACUUUAAAAAAACUAAAAAACUUUAUUUAAAAAAUAUAUACAUACUUACUAUUCAUACUUUAUUUAAAAAUUACAUAUAAUUAUUAUUAUUAUUAUUAGUAGUUGUACAUUAUAUUUACUAUUUAGUAUAAUUAUAUUGUAAAUUUAUUUAAUACAUUACGUAGAUACUUAAUUCAUAUUUUGUUAAGCUGCAGAAAAUCGUCCAUUCUUCUUUGCUGUAAUUUAUCAAGAAUUUGCUUAUUGAUAAAAUCUGCACAAACAUCUAGUGAAGUUGUUGGGACAUUUUCGUUUCCAUUUUGCAUGAAAUAUAGUCUCAGCUNUUAUUAUUAUUAGCAGUUGUACAUUAUAUUUACUAUUUAGUAUAAUUAUAUCGUAAAUUUAUUUAAUACAUUAUGUACAUACUUAAUUCAUAUUUUGUUAGGCUGCAGAAAAUCGUCCAUUCUUCUUUGCUGUAAUUUAUCAAGACUUCGCUUAUUGAUAAAAUCUGCACAAACAUCUAGUGAAGUUAUUGGGAUAUUUUCGUUUCCAUUUUGCAUGAAAAAUAGUCUCAGCUGAUCAAUGCACUUUUCUGCUUCUCUUGUUGUAAUUUUGACGGGUUGAACGUCGUCAUUUUCAUCACUUUCUUCAUUUUGCAGACUUCUCUCAGCAAUUUCGUCAAGAANAGUGAAGUUGUUGGGGCAUUUUCGUUUCCAUUUUGCAUGAAAUAUAGUCUCAGCUGAUCAAUGCACUUUUCUGCUUCUCUUGUUGUAAUUUUGACGGGUUGAACGUCAUCAUUUUCAUGAAAUUUUUUAAGAAUUUCCAGUAAUUUAGUUAAAGACCAUUCAUCAGCUCCGUUUGAAUUAGCACUUGAUUUUUCUCCGUGAAAUCGCUUGAAUUUAAUAUUAUUCCUAUCCUUCCAACGACUCAUCCAACCUUCUGUGGCCUUAAAAUUACCAUGUCCAAUUUUUUCAGCAAAAAAUUCAGCUUUCUGCUGUAACAUGGAGCCCGAAAUAUGAACACCACGUUCUGUAACAGCAGAAAACCAUUCGUUCAUAGCUUUGUCUACUUCGGGAUCUUUGCCUUCCCGCUUUCUUUUUCUGUUUACAGNGCAGUCCACGGUAAUGAGUUUUUAAAUUCUUAAUGAUCCCCAUAUCGAGUGGUUGAAUGAGAGAAGUAGUAUUUGGAGGCAGAAACUCAAGUGUGAUAUUUUUUAAAUCUAUCAAGUGGGGAUGUGGUCCAACAUUAUCAACAAUUAAUACAAUUUUCCUUGAUUGUUUUCCAAGCUCUUUGUCCCAGUCUUUCAAUCAUGAUGUAAAUAUUACUGCUGUCAUUCAUGCAUUUUUAUUCGCUAAAUAAGAAACAGGCAAGUUUGUUAUUUUUAUAUUUUUGAAACAUCUUGGCUUCGUGGACUUUCUGAUUAUCAACAGCUUUUUUUUAUCUGUGCCUGCCAUAUUACAACAACACAAAACUGUUAUACAAUCCAUAGCCUUUUUUGAUCCUUCGAGUGUUUCACGUUUAUAGCACAAAGAACCAUCCGAAGUCGCUCGGUAGAACAAACCAGUUUAUAAAUGCAUUAUAAAUGUCCUGAGAGGAAAAUUUUUUAAGAAUUUCCGGUAAUUUAGUUAGAGACCAUUCAUCAGCUCCGUUUGAAUCAGCACUUGAUUUUUCUCUGUGAAAUCGCUUGAAUUUAAUAUUAUUCCGAUCCUUCCAACGACUCAUCCAACCUUCUGUGGCCUUAAAAUUACCAUGUCCAAUUUUUUCAGUAAAAAAUUCAGCUUUCUGCUGUAACACGGGGCCCGAAAUAUGAACACCACGUUCUGUAACAGCAGAAAACCAUUCGUUCAUAGCUUUGUCUACUUCGGGAUCUUUGCCUUCCCGCUUUCUUUUUCUGUUUACAGGUGCACUAUUGCNACUCACGAAGACUAUGAUGUUGAGCCUUAAUUUUGUCCAAAAUGGAAAUUUUUUCAACCAACGUCAAAUCUUUACGAGUCAUAAUUGUUACGCAUUAACACAAACUGGGAUCAAUAAAAACUUUAAUAAACACACAUACAUUAAUACACAGAGACAAAAGAAUGUGAACUAAAGGUUUUCGAUUUUGUAGGCUAGUUGACUCUGAUCGUGGUAGUAGAAGAUAAACGUACAUUACAUUUGUACAUAUAUAUAAAAUAUAAUAGAGCCAUAAAGAUUAGAUAAUUUAGGUCAGAAUACCUAGUUAGACGCUUUUAUUUUUGUCCCUUAUGGUUAACCCAUGGUUUGUCCCCAAUAAACAAAGUUAAAUUGCCUUAAACGAAUACAUUCAUAUUCGGGACUAUGUCAAUUUGUCCCCAUUAAGUGGAUUCUAUUGUAUUUAAAAAAAUCAAUUCUUUGAGUUGGUACAUUGCACCUGUUUGCAAUUUAAUAAUUAUAAGUAUCUAUUCAUUCUACCUACAUUUAAAUUGGGUAUGUUUUCAUCUUACUAUAAUUUCAUGUUUAUGUCCAAUACAAAUUAUGCAAUGUAUCUUUUGCAAAAUUAUAAUAACAUAUUUAUAAAUUAAGCUAAAUCUUAUGAAACUUGGUUUAUUGAUGCAUAUGUUUCUUUUUAGAAAUUUUUUUUUAUAAAUUUCACUCACUUUAUCCACUAUUUUAAAUACAACACAUUGAUGACAACCCUGAAUCUGCUUUUUUUUUAAGAGAAAUUUUUAUAUUGAAAAAAUUUAAUUUAUUUAUCAAUGCCCUAAUCACUUAAAAAAAAAAAUAACUAUUUAUUUACUUUAUAAAAUUUUUAAAAUAAUGUAAAAAAUAUUUUAUUAUUAUUCUAAAAAUAUUAAUGUAUUAUACAAUCAUAUCUGAUCAAUAGUUUUUUAGUAACAUCAGUUUCAAUUUCUAUCAUUUAAAUUUAUAAAACAAUAAAUUAAGUUGAACUAUCUUAUACUAAGAAACUAUUGCUUAGAUAUGAAUGUGAUACAUUAUAAUUUUUAGAAUAAUAAAAUAAUAUGUUUUACAAAAUUGUAUUAAGUGAAUAAAUAAAGUUUUAUUUUUUUUUUUUAGUAAUUAGAAAAAAAAUACUUCAUAGAUAAACUAGAUCCCUCCAUUUGCUUCUAGCAGUGAUUCCUAAUGGGGGGGGGGAUUUCCUCAACCGAAGGAAAUUUAAAAACUGCAUGGGAGCGAAUAUAGUGAUGAAAUAACAAGCAUUUUAUUGUUAAAAUAUUUAUGCCAUUUUACAAUAUAAAAUUGAUAAAAUUGAAAACAAUAAAUUAAUUUUAAUUUUAUAAUGUAUAUAACAAAUAGUUAUUUUAUAAAAUUAGCAGCUCAUUAAAAAACUCUAAUAUUCUUAUUUUAUUUAAUGGGGGGAGAAGGUUGGUGAGUUGGCAGAGUUGGUGGGCACUGUUGUAAUUAAAAAGUUGGAAAAGUAGGAUAUAAAGAGAAUUGUAUGUAUAUAUAUUAUCUGCACACAACAAUUUUAUCAUUGUCAAUGAAAAACAAUUCUAUAUUGCCUCCCGUGUAUUUUAUGUCCAUAGAAUACCUAUUAAAUAAAAAUUCUCAAAAUUAAAAGUAAAUAAAUAAAAUAGUUUGAAUAUUUUACAACAUCUAGAAAUGGAAAAUAUAAUUUUUCUGUCCAAAUAUCAAGUCUCCAUGAAUAUUUUUACCUAAAUUAUAAAAAAAUACAUUUUAUUAAUUCUCCCGUUUUUCUUAUUUAUUAUAAAAUCCCUUUAGAAAAUCACAAGUAACCUUAAAGUUCCACCCACAUACAAUUAACUCUCAGAAAAUAUACUACACUUGAAUAUCAUAGCAAUACUUCUGGUAAAAAAGUUGUUUACAGAUAAAAAAAAAUAAACAUCACUGUUAAACAAGUACAUUUCUUGCUUCAGAAACUAAAAAAUUGAAUCUAACAGCUCUAGAAAAAUUACUUUUUUAAAAACUAUUCACACUUUCAUGUUUUAUUAAAGUAUUGACUGAAAUAAUUUGUUUUGAAAAUGUUUGAGAACAUGCAGCUCUAAAAUGUUACAUAAUUCUAUUUUUUUUUUGUUAUCAAAAAUAGGUAGUCAUUUCACUCUCAAAAAUAAGCUUGACAUAAUCUUAGAGUUGCUUGUUUCUGUAAUUUAAAAAAAAAAUACAGUUUUAUAUUUAAUUAAUUACUCUGUAUAUUGAAUAUAUUUUGUAAAAAUAUGUUUAGAACCAACACCAAAUUAUGUAGAUGAAUCAAUUAAUACAGUAUUAAAAAUUCACCAAAGUAGAAAACCAGGUGAUAUUUUAGUAUUUUUGACUGGAAAAGAAGAAAUAAUGCUAGCAGUUAAUUCUAUAGAUGAUUACAACAUUAAACACACAGAUGAUAAGUAUGAUUUUGAUGAAUUAUUCCAUCUUAAAUUUUAAAUUAUCAAGCAUUUCUAAAUUUUUCUUGUUAUAGUACAAAAGCUAGUUUUAAAUUUUAAAUUAUCUUAGAACGUCUGGCCUUAUUUUAAUUUUAAUUGAAUAUUUUACUAAUGUAUAAUAUCCGAUAAAUAUUUUAGUCUUUAAAGAAUAUUAAAAUUUCUUUUUAACUUAAUACAAAUUUAAGUUAUAUAAUUUUUUUUUUUUUUUUUAAUAUAGAAUAAAAUUACUUCCUGUGCCUAUGCAUGGAAUGUUAACGAAUGAUGAUCAACUGAAAGCAUUUCGACCAACACCUAGAGGAUAUAGAAAAGUUGUUUUUGCAACGAAUGUUGCAGAGACUUCAGUUACAAUUUCUGGAAUUGUUCAUGGUAAAUUCAUAAAUCAUAAUUAUAAAAAUGAUUAUAUUGUAUGAUAAAUUGUUUCUCCGACUACAUAUAUUUUAGAAUUGAAUGCAAAUUUAUUUGUCCUUGAUCAUAAAUUAUUAAUAACUCCAGAGAAAUAAUUUUAGAAACUUGAUAUUGAAUAUAUAAUCUAUAAAUUAAAAAGUUAUAUUGAAAGAAAUUGAUGAAAGGGCUAAUGUUAAUGCAGAAAUGAUGAGUGAAUUAUAUUUUUGGUCUAUUUUGUUGCUUUUAAAAUUUUGGGAAGUUUAUUCAAUUCUAUUCAUCAUAUGUUUUAUAUUUAGAAAAGUCUAAAAAAAAUUCCUAUUGUUCAGUUAUUGAUAUCAUUCAUUAAAUAAUUAAAAUGUUUUACUGUGCCUCAAUAUUGUUCCACUUGAUAUAUAAAUAUCCUUUAAAUUUAAAACAUUAACAGACAUAAUUAAAUUCCAUAACAAUAAACAAAAAUAAUAUAAAAAGUAAAUGCCUAAAUAUUAAAAAAUUAAUUAAUUAUGAGUUAUGGUUAUAUAAUUGAUAAUUUUAUUAAAUGUAAUAGUCAUAUAGUAAGCAGUUUAUAAUUGAUUUAGUAGAGAAUCUAGUUUUGAAUACUUUAAUCAAAUAUUUAGAAAAAUUACUCUCAAUUCACAUAGUUUAAAUAAAUUAGAUUUCAAGUAUUCACCUGACUACUAACUUCAAAAACUAAAAUUCUCAAUAAUUAUUUAUUAUAAUUUCUCAAGCAUUAUUGUACAAAAUAUCAAUAUUAUAUUUUAACUUUAUUAAUUUAAUCCAUUUAUAGUUAUUGAUUGUGGAUUUGUUAAACUAAAGUGGUUUAAUUACAAAUUUGGAGCUGAUUCAUUGAUUACUGUCCCUAUAUCUAAAGCAUCAGCAAUUCAAAGAGCUGGCCGUGCAGGAAGAGACCAACCUGGAAAAGUAUAUAGGUACUUAUAUGCAAAAUUAAUAAUAGAUAUUAAUAAUUUUAAUAUUACCUUGAUUUUUUUAAUAUUUUCUUUUUAGAUUAUACACAGAAGAAGCAUACAAUAAUUUAACAAAUGCCACACCUCCUGAAAUAAUGAGAUCUAAUUUAACUGAUGUAGUUUUGCAGCUUAAAGCCAUUUAUAUUGAUAAUAUUUUAAGAUUUCCAUUCCUUAGUCCACCACCUGCCAAAAAUCUUCUAUAUGCCAUGGAGAUGGUAAAAGCUUUAGAUGCUAUUGAUAAAUAUGGAAAUCUUACAAAGGAUUUUGGAACGAUAAUGGCAGAAUUGCCAUUGCCAGCAAGACAUUCAAGAAUGUUAAUAAAAUCUGGUGAAAUGGGUUGUUCAUCAGAAAUAGUGUGUGUAUUAGCAAUGCUACAACUUCAAGAACCAUUUAUAUUUCCAAAAUUUGGUAAUACAAUAUAUAAAGCUAAAAAGAUGCAUAGAAAUUUUGAAGUUUCAGAAGGAGAUAUAUUGACGUUAUUAAAUAUAUUCAAUGGAUUUCAAAAAAGUCAUAACAGAAAACAAUGGUGCAAUCGGUUUUUUUUAAAUUAUAAUGAAUUAUGCAGAGCACAGAAAAUUCGUACACAUUUAUUAGAUUUAAUGAAGAAAACAAAGAUUGAAAUUAAAUCUUGUAAAGGUAUUAAUAUGAUUAAUUCUUAGUUUUUUAAUUAAACAUUUAUAAUAAUGAUUUCCAUUUAUCAUUUAGGUGAUACAAGAAUAGUUGUAAAGUGUAUUGCUUCAGGUCUUUUCAAAAAUGCUGCUUAUUUACACUAUACGGGAGUUUAUAGAUCUGUUGGUAUUGAAGAGGAUCUUUACUUUCAUCCAAAAUCUCUUUUGCACUAUGUAAACCAACCACAAUGGUAAACUACAUUUUAUAAUUUUACAUUUAAAAAAUGAUGAACUUAUAAAUAUAAAUCAUAAAUACUCUAUAGUAAUAAAAUAAUAAAACAAAAUUAAAUAGUUAAUACUCGUAAAUAAAUAAAGUAUAUACAUAUAUCAAUAAAAAAUAAAUUUAUAAAAAUAAAAUAAUUAAAUUAUUGAAUGCGCCUCGAGUAUUAUGAUAAGUGUAUUAUACAACCAUUUUCAAAUUAAUCAUCAGGUAUAUCACAGUCAAAAUGUAACACUCUGUUUACAUUUUGCUGAUGAAUUCUUAAUUCAUACCAAUCAUAUAAUACACUUAUCAUAAUACUCCAUUGAUUCAUUUAUGUAUUUUAUUUUGAUGUAUACAUUUUUUAUUUAUGUAUUUAUUUUAUUUAUUUACUUAUUUAUAGCGUUUUUAAAAUGAUAACAAUUUAAAAAUAUGUACAAUCAAUAUUAUGUUCUGCAAAAUUUAAUAUAAUAAAUUAAUAAAUAAAUAAAUACUUUAAAUUAUUCUAUUUACCUGUAAUUAAGUGAAGUUAUAUCUUAAAUUAUAUGUUUAAUUACUAAAUUAAAUAUACAAUCAUCAUUGAUUAUACAAUUAUCUUAAAUUAUUUGUUUAAUUACCAAAUUAAAUAUACAAUCAUCAUUGAUUAUACAAUCUAUUCAAUAGUAAAGCAAGCCAGAUAAAGUAUUUUUUACAAUUAAAAUUUUACCAUGAUAAUUAUAUUUUAUUUAUUUAAUAAUAUAUUUUUAAUUUUGUGUAUAAACCAGUAAUAAUAAUUAUUCGUUUUAUUUUACAGGGUAUUAUAUGACGAACUCUUGGAAACAACUAAAUUAUACAUUAAAAAUAUGAUGGUAGUAACACCUUCAUUAUUGUUAGAAGUAGCUCCACAUUAUUAUUCAUCUCCGACUUUAUAA